CGCGGGAGGAUGAAGGCGCCGAGUGUCCGCGCGCUCGUCCUCGUGCUCUGCGUGCUCGUGUACCUGCUGGCAGGAGCCGCCGUGUUCGAGGCGCUCGAGGCGGAGAGCGAGAGAUCCGGGAGGCGCGAGCUGGAGCGGAGAACCGCCGAGAUGAAGGAGAAGUACGGCUUCACGGACGCGGAGUAUUACAGACUCGAGAAGCUGCUGCUCAUGGCCAAACCUCACCGAGCCGGCCGCCAGUGGACAUUCGCUGGGUCAUUUUACUUCGCCGUCACCGUCAUCACUACCAUAGGUUAUGGCCAUUCAUCACCUCGAACGGAUGCUGGUAAAGUCUUCUGCAUGUUCUAUGCUGUGCUGGGCAUUCCUCUAACGCUUGUCAUGUUCCAGAGCAUUGGAGAGCGCAUGAACACAUUUGUACGCUACCUGAUGCACAGAAGCGUCAGGUGCAUAGGUCUGGCCAGGACGGGUGUGUCCAUGGGAAACAUGGUUUCUGUUGGCUUUCUGUUCUGCUUGAGUACACUUUGUAUAGGGGCUGCCGCCUUUUCUCAUUUUGAGGGCUGGAGCUUCUUCCAUGCCUGCUACUACUGCUUCAUCACCCUCACCACUAUUGGGUUUGGAGACUUUGUUGCUUUGCAGAAGAAGGAAGACCUGGAGAAGAAGUUUCCAUACGUGGCCUUCACCUUCACGUACAUCCUUGUUGGGUUGAGUGUGAUCGGGGCAUUCCUUAAUCUUGUGGUGUUGCGGUUCCUCACUGUAAGUUCAGAGGGAGAAGACGGGAAUGAGAGAAUGACCCAAGAGGAGCCUCACAGAAGAUCCUGUAUGGCGUCCACCGUGUCUACAGUAGAGAAUGGACACAGCAGCCACAGCACCUUCUCUCUGCCCAUGGCUGGAGGCAACAGCUGUACCAACCUCAUCUCUUCUACAUGUGGGGAAAGUAUGGGCCCCAAGAGGAGAAGCAGUUCUCUUUCACAUCCUGGACUUUGCUCGUGCUGUUUUUGUCCCUGGAUUUCGUGUGGACUGGAUGCCUGUGAUGGCUUCAGUCUUACAAUGUCAGAAUCAGUAGACCGUGGAUGCCAUUCAAACCCAGUCUUCUACAACUCUGUCUCCUACAGGGUGGAUGGGGCGUCAUACUGUGGGUCUGGAGGCAGCUCCGCUUUGGGUUCUCCUAAUGGACUUCUGAUUCCAGACAGGAAUAGAUCCUUUAUGAGGAGGAGAUCUGUAUAAACAAGUGAAGGAGCUUUUGGCUGGGUUUGUUGGAAUGUACAGCAGUAAAUUGACACUGUUUUAACAAAACCUUAUAUAUGUGAAGUGGAAAUCUUUGAAACGUAUACAAAGUGUUUUAGUGCAAAAUGUAGAAAACCAUAAAGACUCG